CUUUAUUAUCUUAUUCAUAUGGUACAUUGGGACUGUGAUGCUGACCUUGUUGAAGACCAUAAGACUUCAAAUGAACGUCUUGUAGAAAUCAUCCUUGCUAAUCAAGGUGAAUUAUUGAAUGAAUGGUUAGGUAAAGGAAAAGGUGAUGGUAAAAAAGAACCCAUGUUGCGUACUGUUCUUAGAGAAUUCCAUCGACAAAAAGCACUUCAUCGAAGAACAACAAGAGACAUUCGAAAUGCUAUUACUCAACUCUUGAAGAAAUAUGAGGCUACUAAACAACUGAUUCAAUCCUCUAAAGGAGAUGCGCCUGAAGUGAUGCAUCUUGAUAGUAGAGGCAUACCUCAUUAUCCUAAUGGCAAAGAUAAAUUUGAAGCUGCUAUUAAAUCCAGAUUUCCUUUUUUCUUUGUAUUACGACCUUACCUUGAAGACAAUGAAGAUUUAUUACAUGAAGAACAAGUAGAAGUUGAAGAAGAAGAAGAAGAAGGAGACAUAUCACCUUGUAUAGAACAACAAGUGAAUGAAUUACAAGUGAUACCGUCUACUAAACAACGUAAAAGACAAAAAAAUGCUAGCUUAAAAAGAAGAAACCGCAUAUGCAUACCCUCCUCUUCUGAUGAUGUUAUGUUAGAUCCAGUCAGUCUAAAACGUCAAAAGUUAGAGAUGGAACAAUUCCAUCAUCGCAUUGAAUACCAAGCAAAAGCCAUUGAGUUGUUUGCUAAACAUUGUCCUCAGGAUCAUCGUGCACUAGAACAAAUGGUCAAAAGUUUUAGUCAAAAUGCAUUUCCUUCCAUUGAAUUUAUGGAAUAAAAAAAA